AGAAAAUGGAAAAAAUCAAACCCUUGCCUCAGGAUUUGGCCGCAGAGUUUGAACCAGACCACAAAAGUUCAGUGUCACACUCAGACAAUAAAAGUUCUGUUUCCAAAAUGAGUUCAAAUAAUAGAGAGUCUGUAAUAAGCAACAACUCUCCAAAUAUGAAAACAGGGAGGGCUUUGAAAUAAACCAAUGAAGGAAAAUCCUUUCCUAUUUGAGCAGAGUAGACAGACAUCAAGAAAGAGCUUCAUUGUGGAUAGGAUAAACUCGUUUGCAUCAGUGAAGAAGUUCCAAGUCUUACCUCCAAUAGUACAUAAACCUAAAAUAUCAGAUAACAAUGUUGGCGUCUUUGGAGAGACAAAGACUCCUCCAGAUGGGAGGUCAGAAGACAAGGAAGGGUCUUCACAUGACCAAGAAAAGAGCGGAUGCUUUCUUGUUUCAAAAAAUUCUCGGAAACUUCUUGCUGAAAGCUCAAAAAUUCUUAAUGCCUCCAUUCAUGACUGCAAGGCAGAUAUUAUUGAUAAACUUGAGAUGUUCUCGGAAGAUGAGCAGAGACUGAGCAACCCUGAUGAAAGAAACAAGAAAUGAAUCUUCAGAGCACAUCUUGGGAAUCGUCUCAGAUGGGAAAUAUUUAUAAUUUUGCUAGCUAUCUGGAAUGGAUUUUCAAUCCCAUAUAGUGUAGCAUUUUUAGACCCAGAUCGCGAGAACAUUGGGUGGGUGAUAGUAAACAGCCUCACUGAUUUCAUGUUCUUCUUAGAUGUAGUGAUCAAUUGUAGGACUACCUUCAUCGACGAGAAAACAUCUGAAGAAAUAUUUGAUCCAAAAUUAAUACUAAAGCAAUACUUAAAAGGCAGAUUUUGGCUUGACAUAAUUGCGAGCUUACCUUUUGAUCUCAUUGCAAAGCCAUUCUUGUCUGGUAAUGGCGAUAGUUCUUUGUUUCAAAUGCUAGGAAUCUUAAAACUCAUUAGAAUUUUGAGACUAUCUCGCCUCAUGAGCUUUAUGAAUUUAAAAGACCAUGUCAAAAUGUCUCUCAAAUUAUUCAGACUGCUAUUCUUUAUUAUUCUGUAUAUUCAUUUCAUAGCUUGAUUACUGUUCUUUUUCAGGAAGGAAAACAGCUGGCUUCCUCCUCUAGAGUAUGGAUGGAAGGAUGAGGAUCUUUUUCAGGCCAGUACUAGUAGACAGUACACCACAUCUCUAUACCAUUCAAUGCUGGUAUUGGCGGGUAACGACAUUGCACCAUCGUCUGAUUUGGCGUUCAUACUCCAAACAACUUUACUCCUGCUAUCUUCAAUAAUAAACGCUAGUAUUUUCGGUAACUUAGCAGUUCUUCUCCAGCAGAUGAAUCUGAAGGCAGCUCAGCUGCAGGAGAAGGUAGAAAAUGCUAAUUCAACGAUGAAAUCCCUGAGAAUUCCUGAAGAUAUUCAAGAUGAAGUAAACAUGUACAUAAUGAACACUCAUAAUAACAUUGAACAGCAAAAUGAGUUGGAUACAUUUCUGUCCCAACUAUCGCCUUCUCUUCAACUACAGAUUCGUAAAGCUAUCUUGAAGGAUGUUAUCAGCCAGAAUGAUGUGUUUGAAGGCUGUGAUGGAGCUAUUUCAUUUAUUCUUCGAGACCUAUCAAUUUUGCUCUUUCAACCUGAAAGUAUGAUCAUACGACAAGGAAGUGAGGCUGAAGAAAUGUACUUCAUUGCUCAUGGCGCAUGAUCCAUUUAUGUCAAUGAUGAAACAAAAGGGGAAAUCUUAGUUAACCAAAUCAAGGAAGGAGAGUAUUUUGGAGAAGUUGCUCUGAUCAAAGAAUGAAAGCGCACUGCGACUGUAAAAAGUUCGUAUUAUACCACCUGAGCUGGAUAUCAUAAAACUCAUCUUUACGAUUUAUUUGGCAAGUAUAAAUUUAUCAAAACCAAAAUGGAAAAAAAGAUCCACAAAAAUUAUCAAGAUAAAUGGAAAAAGUUUAUGAUUACAGCUUUAAGGAACAUUGUGUUCCUUGAAAACUCUACAAUUCCAGAUGAAGUUAUCGAAGAGAUCACCUACAAAGUAAAGACAGUCACUUUUACAGCAGGAGCAUCUAUUUUUAAGCAAAACGAAAAAUGAUCAGACAUUAUUAUUGUUGCAAGUGGAGAAAUCUCUGUAUCUAUCAAUAACAAUCAAGUCUAUGACAUUGAACUUGAUACCCUUUACUCAGGAUGCACGAUCGGGUCAUACAGCAUUCUAAACCAGGACGACCACUCCAUUUCUACCGCUGCUAAGACUGACUGUUCUGUAAUCCUAAUUAGUUCAAGAAUACUUGAAUCUCUAGCUUCAAAAUUUGAAGAAAUCAGUAGAUCCAUUGAGGAACAUCAAGAAUAUUUGAAACAGAAUGGGUUGCCUUUUCUUGACUACAGAAUAUACAGGACUAAAAAGUCGAAUAUGACUGCGAAGCAGAAAUUCCAAAAUGGGAUCAAAAGAAUCACCAAAAUUGUCAGAUCGUACAAGAUUGACGACAUCCAAGGCCUGCUCAUUGGCCAUAGGAAAAUGCUCCUUGACAGGAAAAAGAAACAUGCAAAUACGAUGAAAGCAAAGCAGAGCGAACAGCUGAGAUUUAUUAAAGACGAAGCUGCCAUGACUAAUGUCAAGAUCAAUACUAUCCUAGAGCUGGUGACUAAGCAAUCUAGCCAGAUUAGUGAGCUCCAGAAGGAGAUCAAAAAGCUGAGAGGGCAAAACAAACCUGGAGACUCUAACCUUACUUCUAGAGAUCUCAAGGAAGAUGACUCCUGAGACAGCAGCUCAGGCUCUUCUUCUGUCCUCUCAGACGGUGAGUACGAAAAGAAGAAAAUAAUAUAUCAAAGCAAGAGAGUGUUGCACGAAGAUUUGCCCGAUAAUGAUGAAGAACUGAAGGAAGAAUCUUCCCAGAACAAGUCUAAUACUCGUGGACUAGAUUUUAGUAACAAUAAAAAGAGGAGGAGUUCAAGCCUUGCAAACAUACGAGAUCCAGCCAAUCAGAAAUAAAUUUCAUUUGAUGAGCGGAUCUAUCGUAGGUACCCCAGUGCAGAACCAACUAGAAGAUAAAUUAAAUAAGGAUACCCUGAAAUAAAUACAAUAGUGGCAAAAUGAAAAAUAAUAUUCUAACUCCAAUAAAAGAUUACAGAUAUAGCCACUUCAAGAGCCAAAACACAAACCAAGUAUCCUCCUUCCAGCCGUCCCCUUAAAAGUAUAAACACAUCUAUGGGUCCAAAAUCAUGUUCUAAACUCCCAAAAAAUGUUCAAACCAAAAUCUAACUUAAUCUAAACUCAAUUCUCAAUC